ACGUAUUUAUGUAAAAAAUGGUUUGGUAGGCUUUUGUUAAGAUAUAGAUAAUAGAUGCAUACUAUGCUACCAAUGUCAGUGUUUAGUUAUAGGCUAGAUAGGUCUGUGAACAGUGCCUGCCUGGGGUUUGGGAGAGACUAGAAAGUAGAAAGGGACUUUAUUACCAAAGAGACUAAAAAGGUUUCUCUUGGUUAGCCACUGUUGUUUCAAAGGCCAGAGCCCUGAGCUUUGUUUGUUUGAUGGGUUCUUGCUGUUACAUCCUCGGUAAUCUGAGGGAAUUCAUGGCUGUGUCACUGCUUUCCUGUACCAUAAUGCCCCUUUUCUUGGGCUUUGUAUCUUCCUUGUGUCUUAUUGCAAGUUGUUUCACCACCACCCAUUCAGCCUUUGUAGGGUGUUUCAGUCCUGAAUCUGCUGCUGCACGGAAAAUACUGAAGGCUGAAAUUACCAAGUAGUUAAUGGCGUCAACAUCUUGCGUUGGUAACACUUCAUUAUCUAUGAAAGAUUCAGCUUCGAGCUAUUCUGCAUAUCCUCUUCCUCUAGCAAAAUAUGAGGAGGUUGUGGACAAUCCCCAGCUCUUCAUGUUUACCUUGGAGAAACUUCACGCUGCUAUGGGUACCAAGUUCAUGAUUCCCAUUGUUGGAGGAAGAGAACUAGAUUUGCAUCGCCUCUUUGUUGAAGUGAGUUCUCGAGGAGGGAUUGCGAAGAUAAUUAGAGAAAGGAAAUGGAAAGACGUAACUUCAGUCUUUAAUUUUCCAUCAACAGCUACAAAUGCUUCUUUUGUGUUGCGGAAGUACUAUGUUUCAUUGCUCUACCAUUAUGAACAAAUCUACUUCUUUAAAGCUCGUGAAUGGGAUCCUAUUGCUCCUGAUGUUUCGCAGAACCAAUCGACCCUGCCAGUUCCUCCUCCAAAAAUGCAGUUUCAGCAGCCUUUGUCAGAAACUCAACCAGCUGUCUUUCAACUGUCAAAUGUUAAUGCUGCUAAAUUGCCUGAAGCAAUGGCAGCAUCUUCGGCAGGUUCUCCAGUCAUUGGGGUCAUUGAUGGGAAAUUUGAAAGUGGGUAUCUAGUUACUGUCACAAUUGGUUCGGAAAAACUCAAAGGUGUGCUUUAUCAAGCUCCACAAAACCCUGUAUUGACAGCAUCCCAUCAUAGUGCCUCAGCUAAUAACAACAAUGCUUCUGCUUCAUUGGGUGUCCAUCGUCGACGACGCAGGAAGAAAUCAGAAAUAAAAAGGAGAGAUCCUGCUCAUCCAAAACCUAACAGAAGUGGGUACAAUUUCUUCUUUGCUGAGCAGCAUGCAAGACUAAAGCUACUUCACCAUGGAAAGGACAGAGAGAUUAGUAGGAUGAUUGGUGAACUCUGGAACAAGUUAAAAGAAUCAGAAAAGACGGUUUAUCAAGAGAAGGCCAUGAAGGAUAAAGAGAGGUACAGAGUAGAAAUGGAGGAUUAUCGGGAGAAACUGAAGAUGGGCCCAGUUAUCAGUGAUGCUGUGCCGCUUCAACAACGACUUCCUGAACCAGAUACUGACAUGUUGGAUGAAGCUGAGGGAGAUUCUCCUCAAACUCCAGAGGAGAGCAGCUCUGGUGGAAGUGAUUAUGAAGAUUAUAAUAAAACUGCAGAGAGAGGUUUUGAUAUGGAUGCAUUGCCUGUUAUAGGAAUGGGCGCAGAAACAAGUUAUUUGGGUUCAGAAGAGAAGUUAUCUAAGGGGGGGUUAUGAGCUUCUCCAGGAGAGAGAGAGAGAGAGAGAGAGAGGUUAGCUGGCACUGAUUUUUAGCAGAGAUUUUCUUAUGGUAAUUUUAGAUGCAGUGGAGAUUUGAGGUAGGAUUCAGGUUGCAGUGCUUACAACACAGUGCUUAACUGUGAGUUUUGUCAUUUUUAAUGUUUUUAUUAAGGUGUUCAUGUUGGCUUCAUGCCAUAUUGCUGUUGUACAUCUGGCAUGCUGACAUGGAUGAUGGAUGAUGGAUGAUGGAUGAUGGAUGGUAACUUGUUAAUUAGGCCUUUGGGAGCAGUGGACACUGGGGAGUCUGCUCUUCCUAUGUUAUUAGGUCCAUCGAGACCUAAGAAUAAAAUGUUGCCUCUUUCAAAAAUUUAUUCUUUAGAA